UCCAGGGUGUGUGAGCAUCGCCGCCGCCUCUGGGCCGUCUGUCCCUUCUCUGCUGGGCCUCUGCUAAGACCGCCGCCAUGCCGGUGACGGUGACGCGCACCACCAUCACCACCACCACGUCGUCGUCCUCAGGCCUGGGGUCCUCCACCAUCGUGGGCUCGCCGCGGGCGCUGAUGCACCCGCUGGGCCUGCUGCGUCUGCUGCAGCUGCUGUCCACCUGCAUUGCCUUCUCGCUUGUGGCCAGCGUGAACGCCUGGUACGGGCCCAUGGGCAACUGGUCCAUGUUCACGUGGUGCUUCUGUUUCUCCGUGACCCUGGUCAUCCUGCUGGUCGAGCUGUGCGGCCUGCAGGCCCGCUUCCCCCUGUCCUGGCGCAACUUCCCCAUCACGUACGCCUGCUACGCCGCCCUCUUCUGCCUCUCGGCCUCCAUCAUCUACCCGACCACCUUCGUGCAGUUCAUGCCCCACGGCCGCUCCCGGGACCACGCCAUCGCCGCCACCACCUUCUCCUGUGUAGCCUGCCUGGCCUACGCCACCGAAGUGGCCUGGACCCGGGCGCGGCCCGGUGAGGUCACGGGCUACAUGGCCACCGUGCCGGGGCUGCUCAAGGUGCUGGAGACCUUCGUGGCCUGCGUCAUCUUCACCUUCAUCAGCGGCCCCGAGCUCUACCAGCAUCAGCCGGCCCUGGAGUGGUGCGUGGCCGUCUAUGCCAUCUGCUUCAUCCUGGCGGCCGUGGCCAUCCUGCUCAACCUGGGUGACUGCACCAACAUGCUGCCCAUCCCCUUCCCCAGCUUCCUGUCGGGGCUGGCCCUGCUCUCCGUCCUGCUCUACGCCACAGCCCUGGUCCUCUGGCCCCUCUACCAGUUCGAUGAGAAGUAUGGCGGCCAGCCGCGCCGGGCCAGGGAUGUGACCUGUGGCUACUCGCACACCCACUACGUGUGUACCUGGGACCGCCGCCUGGCCGUGGCCAUCCUCACGGCCGUCAACCUGCUGGCCUAUGUGGCCGACCUGGUCUACUCCGCCCGCCUGGUCUUCGUCAAGGUCUGACCGUCGCCAGGGGCCCCCCCAGGGCCGCCUCCAGCCAACUUUCUCUUCUCGAGGCUCCUCUGCCCGCCCCUGCCCCC